CGCCUGUGAAUGGUGAGUGAGCGGAAGGCAGGCGGGCGGGGUCGGUGUUGUGCUAGGCGAAAAAGGGUGUGUGUCGCUAUAAGAAGCCAAAAGAGACGGAUGCAGUCAGUUGGGUUCAGUCAAACUCUCCAAGCGUAAAGGAUAAGACCUAGCUACUGUCUGCAUCUACAAGAGACUGAGAUAAGGUUUUAUAAGCCACAAAUACAGGUUGUGCGCUACACUUUACACCCUAAACCCUACAUCCUUCCCUACACCCUCAGGCCUCCUCCCGUCCCUAUCCGGCAUCCCUCUGUCUGUCCGACUGGGUGUCCCUAAGUAGUGAGUCAUGAAGUGGUCUCUGUGGAGCCUGCUGCUGCUGUGCCUGUGUACCCCAGGACGGAGUGACUGCCAGGGGGACUGCCUGACCUGUGGCCUCCUACUAUCCAACCCCCAGAGCCAGCAGCAAGCGUUCAAUACACUGGUGUGUCUGUUGGAGUGUGACGGUCACGUCUCCCCUGCCCUCACCUGGGAUCUGUGUCAGCGAGCCAUGCUACCGCAGUACCCCCUCCCAACAGAUGACAGCGCUGUGUCUAAGAGACCAGAGGAAAAACUGUCCUUAUACCUUGCACCUGCUGACCUGGAGUCAGAUGGAAAAAUGCUCUACUCUGCAGCCAUGGAGCGCUACCAACAGGAUGGAGCGGAACAGGAAGACGAGGCCCUGGUGCGACGUGAUGCCCAGUACGACUCCUCUCCGCUGGGCUUGACCGCCGAGGGAGACUCGCUGGCGCUGGGUAUGGAGAACGGGGAGGAGGAAGAGAAGGAGGAGGAGGUCAGGAGGAGAAGGAGCGGCCAGGGGGAGGGAGGAGACGAGGAGGAGGAUGCCGUGGUCCAGCUGACCAAGCGUUUCGGGGGCUUCCUGAAAGGUCGCCACAGUUACAGGAAGUUGAUUGGCAGCCCGGUGAGGAAGUCGCUGCAGAAACGCCUCGGAGGGUUCAUCGGGAUCAGGAAGUCGGCCAGGAAGUGGAACAACCAGAAGAGGGUGAGCCAGCUCCUCCGGCAGUACCUGGGGAUGACCAGCAGCAGCACCCCUGGUCGCGGUGUUGGGAGGUUCACUAACCCAGCCCAGGGCCUCAGGAGGCUACCCAGCCGGCUGUAACCUUCCCUCCAUCCCCUGGGGCCUCUCUGCUCUUCUCUUCUCCCGUGCCUCCACCCUCUUGGCUCUGCUCUUCUCUUCUCCCAUGCCUCCGCCCUCCCAGGUACCUCCCAUAGAAAUAGAAUUACUAUAGUUUACUACUUGCUUACUAUUAUGUUGGUUUUCCAUUCCCAUAGUUACCAACAACGUGUACAGCUACAGCUAUGGGGACUGGGAACUCCUUCAUACCUCAUCGGCCUCAUGAAGAAGAGGAAUGACAUCAUCAUUCUGAAAGAGAAGUAAGGAAUGUUUCCUUCCAACCAUCAACGUUGCUCCCACCUUACCGCCCCAGUUAAUGAAUAAAAAGUGCCAUGUAA